AUUCAUUCUCCGUGGCGCCGGUGGGGGCCUCGCUCUGCUCUCUCGGCCCGAGCUCCUCCACCCUGGCUGCUGAAAGCCCCUUCCCGCCAUCUAAUGAUACACUCUGCAUACGCUUCUGUUGAAAAUUUGUGGCUAGACAUUCCUGUGGGACCGGGAAUCCAAAUUCUUGGGUACAAACAGAAACUUACUUUCCUUGGGGAUUUUUUUUCUCUCUCGCUCACACACACUCUCUCGCGUUCUUUCCUUUUUUCUUUUUCGUAGCAGCAGGGGGGAAAAAAGAGACAAAACAAAACAAAGCAAAAAAACACAAAAAGCAACACCGCCCCCCCUUUUAUUCUCAAAAGUAGCUAGAGAAAAAAAAAUAAUAAAACAGCAGCCAACCAAGUCAAUCCCAUCCCAAGCCCCCGAAGGGCCGCAUUCUCGCCUUCUGCAGCGCGGGGCAUGGCAUCCAACAGCAUCUUCGAUUCCUUCCCGACCUACUCGCCGACCUUCAUCCGCGACCCGAGCACCAGCCGCCGCUUCACACCUCCCUCCACGGCCUUCCCCUGCGGCGGCGGCGGCGGCGGCGGCGGCAAGAUGGGCGAGAACAGCGGCGCGCUGAGCGCGCAGGCGGCCGUGGGGCCCGGCGGGCGCGCCCGGCCAGAGGUGCGCUCGAUGGUGGACGUGCUGGCGGACCACGCGGGAGAGCUCGUGCGCACCGACAGCCCCAACUUCCUCUGCUCCGUGCUGCCCUCGCACUGGCGCUGCAACAAGACGCUGCCUGUCGCCUUCAAGGUGGUGGCACUGGGGGAUGUGCCAGAUGGAACCGUGGUGACCGUGAUGGCAGGCAACGAUGAGAACUAUUCUGCCGAACUUCGCAAUGCCUCUGCCGUCAUGAAGAACCAGGUGGCCAGGUUCAACGACCUUCGUUUCGUGGGCCGCAGUGGGCGAGGGAAGAGCUUCACACUGACCAUCACUGUGUUCACCAACCCCACCCAAGUGGCCACGUACCACCGAGCCAUCAAGGUGACCGUGGAUGGACCCCGGGAGCCCAGACGGCACCGGCAGAAGCUGGAGGACCAGACCAAGGCGUUCCCCGACCGCUUCGGGGACCUGGAGCGGGUCCGCAUGCGAGUGACACCGAGCACGCCCAGCCCCCGCGGCUCUCUCAGCACCACGAGCCACUUCAGCCAGGCCCAGACCCCAAUCCAAGGCGCCUUGGACCUGAACCCAUUCUCCGACCCCCGCCAGUUUGACCGCUCCUUCCCAGCACUGCCGCCGGCCCUCACGGAGAGCCGCUUCCCUGACCCCAGGAUGCACUACCCGGGGGCCAUGUCCGCGGCCUUCCCCUACAGCGCCACACCCUCGGGCACAAGCAUCAGCAGCCUCAGCGUGGCGGGCAUGCCGGCCACCAGCCGCUUCCACCACACCUACCUCCCGCCGCCCUACCCCGGGGCCCCGCAGAACCAGAGCGGGCCCUUCCAGGCCAACCCGUCCCCCUACCACCUCUACUACGGCGCGUCCUCGGGCUCCUACCAGUUCUCCAUGGUGGCUGGCAGCAGCAGCAGCGGAGGCGACCGCUCGCCCACCCGCAUGCUGGCCUCCUGCUCCAGCAACGCCGCGUCCGUAGCCGCCGGCAACCUCAUGAACCCCAGCCUGGGAGGCCAGAGCGACGGCGUCGAGGCCGACGGCAGCCACAGCAACUCGCCCACGGCCUUGAGCACGCCGGGCCGCAUGGACGAGGCCGUGUGGCGGCCCUACUGACCGCGCCGGGACUCCUCCCGCUGGAGGCGGGGACCCCAACAGCCUUCCCAACAAGCGACCGGCCGGGCUUGGAAGCUCUGGGCAGGAGUGGGCCCUGUGCUCCAGGGCGGUCACGGUCCCAAGGUCCAGAGCUGGAGUGAGGCUCCACGUGCGUCUGUCCAGCCACAUCUUUGUACAGAGGGGCAGGGACCUCCCCCGGGACCCUGCCCCCAGCCCAGAUCCCAGUCAUCUCAGUCCGCACCCCUGUGGGAAAUUAGCCUCCCCCUGCCACCUCCCCAGAACGACCUCGCUGUCUCCGGCUAUGCCCAGUGCUGUCACGGGGCCAGGUCUCCUGGGACAGGGGCCAUCUCUGUUCCAUAGACAGGCAGCAUUUGCCCCCAGGAUAAGCCGCAGGGCCCUCUACCCUCCUCGGAGCCCCUGCACCCUGUGGACCCUGCCCUCCCUCUGCAUUUACACAAGUCGAGUCAGAACUGGAAAGCCCCCCACCCUGAGACGGGUUCCCCUCAUUGUACAGAUGGGGCAGGACCCAGGACCCGGCUGGCAGAGAUGGGAGGAGAACGAACCCAAGCCAGUGCCCGGCCCUGCUUCCCCACACUUCUGAACAGCUGGCUCUGUCCCGGCUCCGUGGGUCCCAGGCCUCAGAGUAGGCUGACUAGUCUACGGCAGCAGGUCCCCCAAACCAGGGAAGGCACCUGCAGGCCGGCCCUCCAUGCACUUUCCCGGCCCGAGGCACUCGCCCUCUG